GUUAUUUGCCACUUUCUCGCUGCACUGACGUCCGAAGUUUGUGUGCGGGAAACAAGUGGCGUCCAGGAUGAAACGAAAGAAAAUAGAGCGCAAUGUCCACUUGGAUCAAUUGCAUUUCACUUAUAGCGUCUGGAACAGGAUUUUCAUCCCGAAAUGGUUGAUCUUGAUCACUUUUUUGGCAGGUUUCUUCCCGCAGCAGUGCAGCGGAAUCCACGUGUUCGUCAGAGAUGAGAAGAAGUACGCCAUGUUGUUCCAGUCGGUGGUCUUGCCGUGCCAGUUCAACAGCGUGUCCACCCAAACGCCGAUAGUGCAGUGGGUCUACAAGUCAUACUGCCGGGACCGUACGCGGGAUUCGUUUAGAGUUUCCGACAGCCUGAGCGGAGGGCUGGUAGGGGCCGGACUGAUGAGAGGAGGAGGUCACGAAAACGAGAAGAAAGAAAGCUACCUGGACUGCUCGGACAGCGGCCGCACAGUGCGAACUGUGGCCUCCGUGUCUGGUUCCUCCUUCACGCUGUCAGAAUACUACAAGAACCGAGAUGUUUCCAUCAUCAACAAGGCAGACCUGCGCAUUGCAGAGGUCCAGUGGGGUGACAGUGGCGUGUACACGUGCAAAGUGGUGAUAGCUGAUGAUGUGGUGGGACAGAAUGAAGCCUCUGUGGAGCUGCUGGUUCUGGGUUUCUCAGGCGUGCCUGAAGAUCUGCUUCCUGGCUUUGAGUUGAAGAUUAUGCCAGAAUGGGUGUUUGUGGCAGCCGUGGCCCUGGGCAGCGUGUUAUUCCUUCUGUUGCUUGGCGUGUGCUGGUGUCAGUGUUGUCCUCACUCUUGCUGCUGCUACGUGAGCUGCUGCUGCUGCCCGGACACAUGCUGCUGCCCCAAGCAUUUGUACGAGGCCGGCAAGGGGAUAAAGACGGGCGCCUCCACCCUGCAGUCACCUGCAUAUGCGCCAUGCUUUGUUUCCGGUGUCCCAGCAAUGGUGCCCAUUGCGCCGCCUUCGCUGGUGGAAAAGCUGUCAUCUGUCCCUCCUUCAGAUAGUAGUCUACUCACAGCAGUUCCGAUGCAUGCUGUAGGAGCCCCCUACCGCUUGCCCUCACCUCAGGACCAGGACUCUCUCAGGGUUCUACAGUAUGUAGAGAACCAACUGGCUCACUUCAACCCUGCCAGGGCCACCAGUCACCAGCCUUGCGACAUGUCUGAGCUGAGUUCCUUACAUGAGGGAGAAACUGCUUUUCGCCAAACAUUCCGGAAUGUACAGAAGAAAGCUCUUCCCCCCAUCCCGGAUCAUGAUCCUCAACUUGAACCCAGACGAUACCGAGACAACCGGAGCCCAGAACCACAGCGGUGCCGUGACAACCCCCCUUCUUCACCCCAGCGUUAUCGUGAGGAUUCAAACCGCAGCCCAGAGCCACAGCGGUUCCGUGACGACCCCCCUUUGUCACCCCAGCGUUAUCGCGAGGAACCUGAAUCCAACCACCGUCAAUGUGCAGAGGACUCAUCCCUGCCACGCCGCUACAGCGAUGACCCUCCUUCCGCUUCUCAGUCUCGCAGGCACAUCCGUGAUGCUCGGCAACAGAACCACAGUGAAGAGACCCGUUACAACAGAUGGAACCCUCGAUCGGAGCAUCUGGAAAGAAAGACCUACCAAACUGCGGGACGGACCGUUUCGCUGGAUGAGCUGGAAGAGUUUGCUGCCACUUACAAGCAAAGAGGACGCAGACAAGCGGAAAAAAGGGGGGACGAAUGCGAUGAGCCAGAGCAUCGGGAAUUCAGUCGAUAUCCUUCAUACCGGCACGGUCGACCGCAGCGCAACUACGACAAUCGCAAUGAGAUCGGAGACUGCAGUGACCACGAAGACCGACCUAGAGGAAAGAAGAAAAACGGACAUGACAUAAGUCCACUUCCAUCCCCUAAAAAGAGGCAGGGCACCUGGAGCAAUGAGCGUCCUGCUUCACCGCCUCCCCUUGCGAGUCCACCAUCAACUUCUUCUCAAGAGAAAGACUAUGACAGAGCUUUCCUGAAUAGCCUGUUGGAGCGUAAAGCUAAGUUACGAGGAGUCAACCACGGGAAGAGCGGCUCCCGGGGAGAGGACGAUUCAGACACACCCUCAAAAGGAAGCUCGAAAAAGAGCAGUGGGGGGUCCGGCCAGCACUGCAGCAGGUCACCUAGCAACAGGCCGCCUGAAGCUGAUUCACUGGCGCCUUACUCGGAUACAGAGCGGAACAGGAAUGACAGACCCUCUCCACGGCCACCAUGCACUCGCUCACCACAACCUCAUGCUCCUUCCCCGCUCAGUCGGCGAGGGGAGACCAGAGACAAGGCUCGCAAAGUGCACGGGACUCUUCUCAGCCGGGAUUCCCUCAUUGUGUGAUCGUCUGAAAGAGCCUCAGCGCUUGGAAGGGGCGGACUCUACAACCAUGUGAUUCAAUGGGAGCUACAGCACGUAUGUGUGAGCUAAUAAAAGACUCACUGUAACUGGUACAUGAGAAUGGAGACAUAGAUGACACGGAUAUAAGCUAAACUGCUGAUGUCAUCAGUGCUUCAUUUGUCACCAGUCACCAAGCAUACAUCUCAGAUGGAUUAAUGUGGGCUUGGUGUGUGACCUGGAAAGUCCCUUCUGGCAAGACCACCCCACAGACCUUCCUUCUUUUAAAGGGAGAUGGAGACCAGUGAAAGUAGCUUUAUGCCUCCGGCACAAUGAGCACAUUCAUUUUUGUUUGAUGGGAUAACUACCGUACAAUAUAAAGAGCGGGGAUCAUGUAUGUGAUGGCAACAUAUGUUAACUACCAAUAACAGACAUUAAAAACAUUAGUAGAUAAAACAACAACAAUUCCAUUCAAUAUAGUAGUCGACACAAUAAAACAAGAAAUAAUGUACAACAGAUUAAACUGCAAAAAAAUAGUGGAAAACCUCAAGUAAUCAACGACUAUCCUAAAAGGUUUGUAGUUGCCCAUAGAUGCCACAAGAUGGCGCCAAAGCACUUAAUUAUUUCCAUUAUGACUGUCCUGACUAAAUGAAGCUCCUCUGUUCCCAACAUAGUUCCUUAGCUUCAGUUAUGUUGAACUAUCUGUGCCAUCUGUGUUUAGAUUUGAAUUUCCAGUGAUUUAUUUUAAAAUGAAAUUUUCAAACUUUAAAAAUCGGAAAUACCAAAAAUCUGAACGUCUUGAAUUCAACCUCUUGAAUUAAAUCUAUACCCAGAUAAGAACACUUAAAUUCAACCUCUUGAAUUCAAAUUUAUUCUCAGAAGAAAACACCACAGAACAAACGUGUGCCCCUUGAAUUGUAAUUUUUUUUUUACAGAAUUGUGUUGACUGUAUAAAUAAUGCAAUGUUCGAUCUUGUGGUAUUUAUGUAGCAUCUGUGUUAGAAUUUGAAUUUCACAUUGGGGUUUUACACAGAUUUUUAAAAAUGUGUUCAAAUUUGAUGUGAAACGGUGUAAAGAAAUCUGUGUCAAACCCAAUUACACUAAAAUACCAACGAUUUAACGUAAUAGCAACCAUCCCUCCAUCCAUCCAUUUUCUGUAGCACUUGUCCCCAUAUGUGGAAGAACAUAGUGUCACCAAAUACAGAAAUCUGUAGCCAUUCAACACGGAAAAUCAAAAACUAUAGAAGUAAUACAAAUACUAGAUAGAGCUAAAUUAACAAUACCAAAUAAUGUGUGACGUUGACCUCAAGCCACUAUUGGACUUCUUUGUUUUAAAGCUACCACACUCAACACAAUAGCUCAAGCAACUAAUUGACCAAUCAGGUCAGUUUAGGAGUUUGUUCUCCAUCCAAAGGCAUGCAAAGUCAUGGCAACACAGAGAAACUCUCCACUGUCUGUUAUGAGAUUUAAAAGCAUUAACGUGAACUUAAUAUGGGUUUGGACUAAUACUGCUGACUGCUCCCUAAAUUUAAUUUUUCAUGUACAGCAUUAAUUCAUCAAGUCCGGAUUAAUGAAUCAGUAACGUGUCGACUCUCUGUGUAAGUGCAGCUUCAUUCCACAUUAAAAUCGGAUUCUUGAGUUUAUCCCUUUGUUGUGACCUCUAACUGAGUGCAGCUAAAAUUUUGAUUUGAGGACUGGUAUUUUAAUAUGUGGUGACAUGAAUAAGAAUUGUUUGUUUGACUAAUUCAGGAAAACCUAGUUUUGCCUACAGGGUAAAUAAAUAUUAUCUUGUUGAAUAUGGAAAA